AUGCAUCAGCAACCCCGUGGCCCAGCCCGGGUGUCAUCCCCAGGCGCAACGCCCCAGCCGAACUUACCGUCUCGAUCCAAUAGCACCCGAGAGGCUGUCCUGGGCUCUCGCCCUCGCGCCGGCUCCAACUUCGCCGGUAGAGAUGUCCCGAAUUCGCCUUCCCUUGAGAGUCCGCCUACACUGGCACCUCCUGCUGACUCUGUGAGGAAGCUUGAUCAAAUAAUACAGAACUUCUACGCAAAGGCAGCUGUGCUUGUUCUCGAUUCACGUAUCAAAUCCAGGCCUGCGCGCGGUGCUAACGGCGCAAGGAAGCCAAACAAAUGGUUCCAAAUAGAGACCGAUGAGAUUGACGACUUUAGAGAUGAACUAAAGAUCUGGAAGAAUUGCGGUAGCCUUGAUAACCACCCUCCUCCAAUGGUUAUAGAGGUCUAUCUGGACGCUUCUCGAUUAAAGGAUAGUCAAAGCCUUGUCAUUGUUGAUGAGAAUGGCAAGAGAUGGGAUGUAAUGGAGCAGUUGAACUCGUCCGGAUCUUCUACCGACAGCUCAUCUGGCGCAUCACGAAGAAACAACGAAGUCGUCAUCGAGCGGUGGCAAGUUGAGUUGAAGCACUCAGGCAUGACGUCCACCGACUUUGGCCCGAUUUUACCGACUGUCUAUAAGAAGGCUAUCGUUUUCUUCCGAUCGCUAUUCAUCACCACCCGAUUGCUUCCAGCAUGGAAGUUUGCCAGCCAGGGAGCUGCGAAAAACUCACAUCCAGCUCUAGUUCCCCGUUGUCGGAUACGUCUAUCUCAUCCGGAACGCUCCCGUUGUGAUCAGCUGCGUCUUCCUAUUGACGGCAGGCCAGAUCCGGUGACAGAGUAUGUGUUUGGUGAUUUGGAGGUGCCCGUCGGACGAUUGAGUACAGUUGUCACGUAUCGCAAUGAUUGCAACUUUCGUGUGGAUGAUUCUGAGGCUCUACUGAGCUCUCGGUUCAUGGGUGUGGACGAGAACUUCUUCAGGCCCUCUCUUCCUCAGCAGCAUGAUACAUCAAGAGCACCUGCGGCUGAGAUAGGCUCGUUGCGUGAUCAUCGCUCCCGGCCAAACCUCAGCGAUGUUCAGCAAGCUUAUGGGAGCUUAUCAACGUUUCACGGAAACGUUCCUGUGGGGACCAGCCCGAUCUCGGCUUUGCGAUCAGUGCGACCACCAGGCUCUGACACAAGCUCACCCCCAGGAUCUGUCCCAGCACAACACGAUGUAGAUGGCCCAAGCUCCCUACCAGUCCGCCAAAGUACAACACGACCACCUUUGCCAACCUUUGAAGGCUCAGGUAGAAGGCCCUCGGUAUCUUUUCAGCCUUUUAAGGCGGGGUCCCUUUCGGGGUCACCUGUUCCUAGACAGCUCGACGCUGAACCAGCCUCCCCGCAAUCGUUGACACGGUCAGGCAUCCCUUCACUCAGGCAGCCAGGUAACCGUACAUCACUCACUGCUGGCAUGCCAGCUUCCUUGCGAGGUGGCCCGCCUGCAACAUCAGGAGAUACUGCAGUUGCAGGCUCUCCACGGCCCGCGUCGACUAGUCGAUAUAGUAGCAGUUUCACCCACCGCCGCGGUCGCCUCUCGUUUGGAGGCGCUAGCAGAGCUGGAGACGAUGAGCAGAGCAGCAGCGGAAGGCAGAGCCUGGCUUCAUCGGUGGCUCAGCCAGGAUCGGGGCUACUUGCUGAGGUUGCGGGCACUAGCUCAGAUUCUCUCCGUGACGACAAUGAACAACUCGAGGACUUCAUUAAAGCUCUGGACAGCAAGAAGACCUUGCAGAGUUUUAAGCCGUCAAAAAAGGGUGAAUCGGCGACGAACAAGACGGUGGCGCAACUCUCUCGCUUCCACAUGAUGAAGGACUCAAACAACGCACUUACUGAGUCGAUGACAUCGUCCGUGCAGAUGCAGAGAUCAUCGAGCUCAUCCAGUAGGCAACUGACAAGCGUUCCUGGAAUGACUGCUCCGGCAUCUGUGUCCGCUUCAUCAUCGCCUGGAAAGCCGCUUUCACCACAUACACCUCAUACGCCAGCUAUCCCAUCCAGAUUGAGCGAAAACUCAAUUAUCGAUUAUACUGGCCAAGGACGGAUUACUUCACGUCAAGGACGAACCUCUGACAGUACUCAGCCGGGAACUAUCAGAGAAAACACAAUUACGCAGGACGGAACAACAGCUAUUGACAUUCCACUUUCGCCCCGACUUGCGACUUACCAACGACGAGCGAGCUCCGUUGCACUUCAAAACCGUUCAAUGGUUGAUGACGAUGAAACAGAUUCAGCUUUUGCACACCGAAGUAUCAGCCUGGGUGCUGACGAUAGAGAGCCGCCUACGUUGAGCAUUCUACUAGGGAGACAAAUGCAACUUGAAGAGGAGUCUACGCAAAGGGAAUCGGACGCACUUCAACCAGCUGCCGGCGCUGGGAGUGCUGAGACGCCAGAUAUCUUGCAGCGAGGGCUUUUAGAAGAGAACCCACCUGAAGGUCUGAUUCCAGCAGCGACUUCUAGCUCACCAUUUGGUCGACGCCGAUAUAUGGGCAUGGCUUCACAUAGACAAACUCCACCACAAUCAUCUCGUGGUAGCUUUACUGGAUCUCUCAACAGACAGGUCCGAGGUGAUGAUGAUUCGGUUAACGAGGAGCCCUUGGUUUUCGAUCUUUCAGAAAUGGAUCCACAAGGCCGACGAAGCAUCGAAGAGGCGCGUAGUGGCGCAUCUGGAGGGCCAAGCAUUGGGCCAGAUAGGGGAGGAUAUGAAAGCCGCAGCGCUUCAAGACGGGGUUGGUAA